UCCUAAGAAAAUCCUUAUUCGCUCAGAGCUACAAACGAUGUAUAAAAGAGUCGGGGCGCUGUAUCGGUCCAAUCUGAGGUCCGGUGCGAUUAUCAGUGGGCAGCCUGGCUGUGGUAAAUCGACCUCAAUACCUUACUUUUUGGUGGAACAACUCGCCGAUAAACGUCCCGUCUACGUAAUGGACAAAAUCGAACAUCUACUUUAUAACUAACAUGGGUACUUGGGUUAGCUCGGCUCAAGUUCUUCACAUGCGUUCCGAAUUCCCAAUGCAACGAACACAGCAUCCCCCUUGGUUUCUAAUAGAUUCCACACCAUUGAAAGUUGAACCCAAGAGGAUAAUCUUGACCACCGGUUUCACUGUAUAUGUCCCGUCCCCUGCACGUGAAUGGUAUAAAGCCUGGAUGGUUGAGCACGGAAUACCUUUAUAUUUCUUGAAUCCGUGGGUUCCGCAGGAUUUACGAAAAUGUCAAGAAGUAGAAGAGCAGGAGGAACUCUUCCUAGAUGCGCUCUAUUACUGUGUACCAACUCCUCGCGCUUUGCGCCUAUUUUUGGAGCCCUUGUUACUGAAGAAACAACUGGAGGAGCAAAGCUUGGAACCCGAGCAAGAUUCUGAACAGACGCCCUUGGUUCAGAAGGUGCAGCUCUUGGAAUUUGGGCAGACGGCUUCAGAAACGGAGCAGACGCCCGUGAAUUAUCCCGCCAAUAACGACUAUGUGAGAGCUGUAGUACAUGCUAUAGAGCGCUUGAACACCCUCCGGGACCUAGCAAAAAUCCUUGAAAUCCGCGCAGAGGCGGGGUAUGCCAACGAAAUAUCUCAUCAGCUAUUGCGCAUCUAUCGCUCUGAACUGCGCGGUAGCCCUUCAAGUCGCUAUGUAAAAAUUGCCAGCGAUACCGCCUAUGUGGAUUUCGCCUCUCCCUGGGUUGGCGAAGAGUUGCUUCGACGGCACAACGAGUGGCAGUUUUCCGAUUUGUGCGAGUUUUAUCAUAAAAUCUCUGAGACGUCGGAUCUCGCUGUUGCUGCGGGAGUGAUGUUCGAGUGUCUUUUCAUCAAGAGGAUUAUUACUCCCUCCCUGACCAACUUACGGUUCGGUCUAUACUCUGCCCUCAACACUCUUCCCAAGCGGCAGACCAGAAAGAGGGCGAAAAUUCCUCACACCAGAUUCAUUGGUUUCACCCUAGCCUCGCCUUCUUCGAAAUCCGCUCUUCAUUGUUCAAAUUCCGAGGCAAACGAAGUGGACAAACUCGACCCUCCUGAUGGUGACGACACAAAGGAGGACGAUGGUGACAUGGAGAAUUCUAAUACCUCGUCCAUACCGCAACCACGUUGGAACGGGGCAUUUUCUCUAAACCGAUUCCAUAUGAUCCAGGAGGUAGAACCGGUAUUGUGCACUCUCCACGUUCCAUACAAGCGGAACAAUCCUCUGUUCGACGCUCUUCUUUUGCAGGAGGACAGUCCUAGUUGCGUCACACUUUGGGUUAUUCAAGUCACUGCUGCCAAGGAGCGUGGGGGAGCAAGCGCUCGGUACAAUAAUGUCAAAGACAUUUACAAUAAAAGUGUGGAGAAAUAUGGUGAUGGUAACGUGCGUGUAGGGUACAUGUUACUGGUACCGCCAAAGCAUCAACAGGUUGAGUGGACCUUUGAAGAUAUUCAUCUGCUACCAGAAAAUCUCCGACCUAGUAACGGUAACGUUUAUGUUCAAGUUUUCGAAGUCGAUAAGUUGGAAAUUAUGUAGUGUAUCAUACGGGGUUAUGGGAUCUGGGGGGGACCCAAGAUCCUGGUUCAUCAAGAAAGAAAGAAAAAGCAAGUACUGAAGACACGAUUCUUUGCGAGGACAAGGAGCCCCAAAUUUCGGAUGUGAUACUACUACUAGUACCGGGGUGGUCAAGGAACAACACCACUACCAAGAGGCUUUAACUAGCAACCUUCCGGGGCACCAAGACGAUUGGCAAAGGCCCCCCUCGUAAGGUAUAAAAGUCUUUUAAGUUGUGUUCCCACUCUGCGGGAUUCCAUCCAUCUGCGAAAGCCAGCUCGAAUUUAGACAAGACGGUGCUGAGAACCGCCCGCAUUUCCAUCAGUGCCAACGAUUUACCGGCGCACG